AUGAAACAUGCAGGACAAAAACUUGUGCCGUCAGGAAGAUCUGGGGGAUUUGCCGUGGAAUAUCCGUUUCCCAUUGAUCCUACACAAGAACAAUACAGGGAGCUUCACGAUAAAGACGGUGGAAGACACUUUAUAUCUAAGAGGGCCUACCUCCAGAGCCCAUACUUUAAAAGGGUUGACCAGGAAGGCCCCAUAAAGCUCGACAUUUCUUCUGAUGUGAUGGGAGUGGUGAUACAUUAUCUUUACUAUAAGCUUCGGUAUGGGGCACAAGUGGCCAAGAAUAAGACCACCGCCGACAUCCCCGUUUUUGCCCCGAUACCUGUACGCCUAGCAGCGGAGGUGGCCGACGCCGCAUCCCUUCUAGAGCUUUAG